CGCAUGUUAAUACGCUAACAAUGGCAAGGUGCACAAUCAAGAUUUUAGCUGUUCAUUUCUGUGAACUUAGUUUGGAUACGAUUAUUCAGCUCCUGGCAUACUUUCCAUGCUUGGAGAAGCUCUACGUUGCGUCAAAUUAUUUACGGCUAAGCAAUUUUUGGCGUACCAAGCACCAGAAUCUGAUCACAUCUCUUGACAUCCGUUUGAAGACAAUAGUGUUGGAUUCUUAUCGAGGCAAAAAGUCAGAAGUUAACUUUGUCACAUUCUUUGUACUGAACGCGAAAGUGCUCGAGUUGAUGACACUAGUGGUUCCAGACAAGCGUUACAAUGAGAAGUUCCUAGAGCUACAGCGUAGAAAGCUUCAACUAGAGAACAAAGCUUCAACAGGUGCUCAGUUUCAGUUUACACCGAAAAGUGAUAUCCGUGUUGACAACGUAAUGAACAUGAAGGAUGCUCAUGAUCUGGAUUCGUGGGAUCCAUUCAUAUGUUGAGGAGGCAGCUUCUUUCAGUCCUGCUUGGAGCUAUUCCUGCCAAUCUCCUAUGUUUUUGAGUUCUUUGUCAAGCCUUGAAUUAUUCUCAUGAACAAUAUUUCUUAAUGUUGUAUUUUGCUUGAGUGGAUAUUAGUUUGUGAUAUGCUGUAUGGCAAAGCUAGAAUUUGGGAAAUUCACAGCCCUGUGCAAUCUCAAUGAAAUAUUCAGUACUGCUGAA